AUGGCGUGUGUAUAUAAAUUUUGUUUUAGUGCAGGGGUAAUAAUGAGUGUUGAAGGAGCAAGGAAGCCAGCAACGAUGUAUGGGAUGCUUCGAAUGGCGUUUAUUGGGAUUGCGGUUGGUGUUGGGAUAUACUACGUGCUGCUGUUUUUGUUUGGGGUGGUGUUUUUGGAUCCCGAGUAUUAUGGAAGCUAUAUGUAUGCAUGGAGGGUGAACUAUGCAGACAAGCCGAUGACGCAUGGAAGAUACAAGCUGAUUAACGAGCUUGAUUAUCCUAGCACCGAGGAGAGGCAGAAGUUCUAUGAGCUGGCGCAGGGAAGGGUCGAGAAGGCUGAUGGAGUGAGCAAGGAGGUGGGGGAGGCGUACUUGAUACGGUUUAACAGGCCUGAGCACUAUCCACGGGGGUUUGAUCACCAUUCGAGUCUGAACUUUAGCGAGUACGAGUCGUUUUUGAAGCUUCGGGAGAAGUUCAUAUGCGAGAGCGAGAAUCUGAAGGUUGAUGAGAGCUUGACACAUGCGCAGCUGAGGGACAUGAUGAAGACGAAGAAGACGGUUGGGGGAGAGAUGUUUUUUUCGGACUAUAAGGGAAAGAGCAUUGACUACAUGAUGAACACACUGCCUGAGAGCAAGAAUGAUCCGUGGUAUGAGGUUGGGUGUGCAUUGAUCAAUGCGGUGUCUGGGAUUCUGUCGUUGGAUGCAGACAGGAGAGUGAAGUACAUGUUUGAUGGAACCAAGGUUGGAGAGGGGCUGAGAGCGGACAUCAAGGCAGGGAUGAGUGCAUUGAAUGAGCCAGCAAGCAAGGAGAGUGGAGAGCAGCUUGACAAGGUGAUUGAUGAGUUUUUUGUGCAUAAUGGAAGGGUGUGCGCAUCACCGUAUGAGACGUAUGCGUACUCAAGGAUGUACUACAUGUUUAGUUUUUUGACGGCAGGGCUUGAGUUUUCGGUUCCGAAUUUCAAGGAGUCUGAUAAGGAAAGCAACGAGUUCCGGGAGGCAAGGAUGGAGUAUGUGGCAAACAUAUUUGCAAGGAUAGUGUCGAGUGUGUAUCCUAAUGGGAACAAGAAGGAUGUGAGUGACAUUGGACUUGUUGAGAAGCUGAGGAACAAGUUCAGUCCGAUGAUGAGUGUUGAUGCAGAGAAGGAGGUUUCUGAGGCGGACCUGGAGCUGGUAAGGAGGAGCUUUGAGGAGGCAGCAAAGAAGCAUAUGCUGGCGGAGCAAUAA